AUGUCAAUGGUAAUCCCCAAAUCCCAAAUCUUAUCAGGAGCAAUUUUGCUGCUGUUUUCCAUUUUUAUUUCCUCUACAGAAGCAGCAGCAUCCUUUGUCUCCCAAUUCGACUGGGUCCAACAAGAAUUCCUCAAAUCACACAAUGAUUUGAGAUCAAGCGUUGGCGUCCCACAUUUACAGUGGGACUCCAGCCUGGCUGCGUUCGCCCAGUCAUGGGCGAACGAGCGCAAGCACCAGUGUGAUUACAGGCAACAUUCCACGAGCCCUUACGGGGAGAACAUAUUUUGGGAACUCUACAGGCAGAAUACAGCCACUAGCAUUGUACAGAAAUGGUUCGGAGAGAAGCAAUUCUUCAACCACGCUACGAAUCAAUGCAAUUGCCAGCCUGAGCGCGCUGGAUGUGAAUGCGGGCAUUACCUCAACGUUAUAUGGCGUACUACCACUAAAGUUGGAUGUAGUGGAUUUGUCUAUUGCGAUGAUCAAAAAGGCGCGAUUGUUGUAUGCUCGUAUGAUCCUAUAGGGAACGUAAAGGGCGUUAACCCUUUAAAUCCCGGUAACAUUGUGCCUGGUGUUCCACCACCAGGUUUAUCUCUGAAACCGGUGAAUAAUGGUGUCAGAGGUAGAAAACGUAACGUGGCUGUAACGCCUGUGGCGUUACCUGCUAAUGUACCUCUCACAUCACCAGUUUUACCACCAAAAUCGGUGAAUGCUGGAAAUGUGAGACGUGGUAGAGGAAGAAAACGCAACGUGGGUGUACAAUCACCAGCUCGUUGAGACGCCCUUCAAAUCUCAACAUGGGAGAGGUAGAAGAAACAAGCUUGUUUAAACAUAUCUGAUUUCGCUAUUCGAGCAUCGUCAUGUCCAACAAUAGGUGAGAUGUGAUCUCUAAUGUAACAUUUUGUGUGAUCAGAAUAUAACGAUUGUUCUACUUCUGUACAACUUUUUUUAAAAAAAAUCCAGCAAAUUGACAUUUUUUCUGAUUUGAACUCGUCCUAAUUUGACAUCAUUAUUAA